UUAAAAACCUGUUGAUGAAUUUGUUAUCAAAUCUGUGUUGUUCACACUUAGUGUAUAAAUACUUUGAACGCAAUACGUGAAGGAUUAUCAUUGUGCAGUAUUUGUUAGUACCAAGUAGAGGGUUAUAGGAACCAACAAUAACAACAGUCUAUCUUUGUCAAAGAAGAAGAAAAUGAAGUCGAUAUUUGUAUUUAUGUUUUGUGUGAGUUUCGUAUUCAGUUUAAGUGAGACUGAAAUUAAAAACUUAAAGAAAGAGUUGGACGAAGAACUGACAAAGUUGGAAUCCGCAAAGGACAAGAAAAGUGUUGACAACAAUCAAAUUGCAACAGUAGUGCAAAAGGAUGAUGAUAUCGAUGGGUUAUUGACAAAAUUAGUACUAACUGAUGACUUGCGUAGUGGCACAUCUAAGCGUGAUGACGUCAGCAUCGAAUACCAAUCUGCACUUAACAGUCUUCUCAAGCAUUUCACCAAAAAGAAAAAGCAUAAAACUAUUGCAAAAAAAGAAACUGAACCGACUAAAAAAUCUUCAGAAAAUGCUGAUGAGGCAUUGUUGAAAAUGAUGAUUGGAAAGGAAAAAUCCAAGAAAGAAACAGCGGAUGACGACUUUAUAAAGCUUCUUUUGGAAAAAGAUAAAAGCGAGAAACGAGGAAACGAUGCACCAUGUCGGGAUGAGAUUGACAAUUGUGAGCAAUGGAAGCCGUAUUGUGCGACACACAAAUCCACACUGGAACGAUCUUGCAGCAAAACAUGCGAAUAUUGUAAAACUUGCAAGAAAGAUACUCUCAAAAAUAAUAUUUGCAAACGCUUCGAAAAGUUUUGCAAACGAAAAGGCUAUGUGCAAAGAUUAAAAGAUAUUUGUCACGAAACAUGUGGAUAUUGCCGGGUGGCUGCUCCACCAGCAUGCCAAAAUGAUCCCAUGGGAUGUUGUUGGGACGGAAAAUCAUUUGCUUCUCAGGGUUGUCGACCUUGCCAAGAUUCUAAAGCUAUCCCUCAAAUCUGCAGAUCAUUUGCUUCCGACUGCAAAAAUGAAUAUAGCCCAGGAAAAUACAUGCGAAAGCACUGUCCAGUGACUUGUGGAGUGUGCGAUCCUGCAAAGACGUGCUAUGAUUUUCCAAACACCGACGGUACAUGCAAGCGAUUUAAAGCGGAAGGAAAGUGUUCCGACUCAGGCAUCGGCAACACAUUGUGUCCUCAGACAUGUGGAAAUUGCCCAAUUUUCGAACCUGCUAGUUUCUAAGCAACCCAUGAAACGUUAUUGCUCUAAUUGUGUAUAUACGUUUGAUUGACCGCAAAAGAAAUUUUGCUACUAAACGUUUUUAUCUACUAGAAAGUACCGCAAUGAUUCAAUAAAGUCCGCCCAUCCAGAUCAAAUGUCUCGCCUCCCGUCAAAAUUCGUCAAUUUCUCGUAUUCGCUUUCUUUUCUUUUUUCCAAAAAAUAAAAAAAAAACACAGACGCAACAAUUUUGCCACCCUCGAUUAAACGGUUUCUUUGAAUAAACGCCUCUUCUGAAAUCCAAAAUCAGUCAUCGCGGUAGUGACUCAAGAUAUAAAAAAAUAACUUUUAAAAACCUACACCGAUGUCUCUUUUAUAAUUUUUUUAUAUAUAUUUAUCACGUGUAUACCUUUUGAAAUGUAUCUUAAUGCUUAUUUAAAAUGUUUUUUAUGUAAUAUUUAUACCGUAACUACGCAGUUUGCAAAUGAACUUGCUAAUAAAGGCGAUGCAUACUAAAUGGUCUACCAUACUGAUAUCAAAAUCAAGCAAAAAAAAUGGACUGUUGGAUUGUUUUUUGAUUGGAAAUCAGAUUUUUAAUUUUGGUAACAGAAUCUUUUUCUUCGUCAAAUUCUUUGUAACAAUAAACUGGAAAAUUAACUGUAUGUGUGUAAAGGAAGGCAACUUAAAAAAAGACACUUUCACAUUAUAAACCAAUUAUAUGCCAUCUAUUUUUUUAUUUUUAUAAUAUAAAAUUCACCUGUAUCCUUUAUUAUUUUUCAUAUAGCAUGUACCAUUAAUAUUUUCAAAUAAAACUGUAAUGCUGAAACGUA